UUCCCCUUUGAUUCCAGCAUCUAUGCUAAGCUAAGCUAACUUCCUGCUGGUGUUCCCUCUUGUUUAACAGAAAAUGUGCCCCAAAAGUGAAUAUUUAUUUUAUGUUCUGAUUGUUUCCAGGUGAAAUGUGUGUAGCUGUGAAUAUGAAGAUCAUUAAAAAAACACAGGUUAAGCAGAAGCUUAAAUGAAGGGGAAAAAAAUAGCAGUGGUGAUGGUGUGAUUGCAAUCAGUGGAGCAUCCCGUGACUGCCUCCCUGCACACACUGGGAGCAGUUGUAGUUUAUAAGAUGAGGGGAGGGCGUGUGUGAAGAGUCUAUGUUUAUAGACUUCCAGCAGCGGAGAAAUCAGUUUCAGCAGCUGUACCACAGAUCAGAGGGACACAUGCUGGGUCAUCCUACCUCUGCCAUGUGAUUUUCAUUACUGCAACUCGGGCAAGAGUUCAACUGUGGAAGUGCAGUAAAAGCAAUACAUGAAGAAGCAAGGAAAAGGCAACACUGCUGCCAGCGUCCCCCUCUCUUCCCCACCAGGGGGCAGCAGUGUGCAGGUCUGCCAUGACUACCAGAGUGUGGCUUAUAAGAUGUAUCCUGGGAAUGGUCAUGCUAUAGAAAAUGGAUCUCACACCAAGAGAGACCAGGUCACCAGCCAAGAUGGUACAGGCAAGAUGUCCUCUGUUCCAGACAUCAUCUCUAACAGCCAGGAGCAGAGGUGCAGCAUGAAAGAUGAGGGUGCCCAAAGGAACACCAUGUGGAUGACAGAUUCAAGCAGCCAGGCCUAUUCAGGGCCAGAGGACAAUUCCACAGACCCACAUGAGACCCUGACAGAGACUUCAACUCUGACCUUUGUGGACAUCCACACUAUGGAGGACUCAGCAGAGAACCAUAGCCUUCAUGGGGUGGGGAUGGUGUACCUCAAGGAGUUUGUGCUGAUAGAUGAUGAUGAUGAUGGAGACAUGUCUCUAAGAGAAAAAACAGUGACAGACAUGUCCGUCAUGGAUGGAAAAGCUGCUGAACUGGUGUGUGGGAGGCUGUUGUCCACUUCCAGUGGAUCAUUGUCAGAGUGUAAGGAGGAAUCUCCAGCUCCUGAAGCAUCUCCACCUGAGGCAGUUGAGACUGCACAUGAAAAGAAACGCUGCUGUUUCUGCACUGUUUUAUGACCAAGCAGGAGCCUGCAGCAGUUUGUCUCCAAGAUCAGGACUGUGAAACUGUCCGAGACAACUGAUAUGAUCACUCUGGGAAGACAUUUCUACAUACUGGGUUUAUAUAUGUGUUGCUGUUGAUGUGCAGCAGAGCACAUUUAUAAGUAUGGUGACAAACUGGGGUGUAAGUUUGUUAAUGACUUCUUCUUUUACUCAAAUUUUACAGAGCCCUUAUUGGACAUUAAAAAUAAUCAAUCAAUAAACAGAUUUUUGUUUGUCUCAAAUGUCAGCCACUAAUUUGCUUUUGUAACACUCCUAAUUUAGGCAAUUAUGAAAUGUAUGUAUGCUGAGAGACGUAAUGCUUUAAGUUUUACAUUAAAAGUUUUUGAUCAUGUGGGUUAAGAUAAUCAUUUUCAAGUAACAAACAUAUCUCUUGAGUCUAAUAUAUAAUUUUGAUACUAAAAAAUGCAUGUUCCUGUAAUAUUUGAUCUGAAUGACAGACUUUGUGAUAACUAAACAGGUCUACAAAGACCAGGUGCUAACAACAAAUAAAGAU